UCAGGUGUUUACAAAAUAUGGGAAGUGUUACAUGUUUAACUCAGGAGAGGAUGGCAAACCUCUGCUCACCACAGUCAAGGGGGGGACAGGCAACGGGCUGGAGAUCAUGCUGGACAUUCAGCAGGAUGAGUACCUGCCCAUCUGGGGAGAGACAGAGGAAACGACAUUUGAAGCGGGAGUGAAGGUUCAGAUCCACAGUCAGUCUGAGCCACCUUUCAUCCAAGAGCUGGGCUUUGGGGUGGCUCCAGGGUUCCAGACCUUUGUGGCCACACAGGAGCAGAGGCUCACAUACCUGCCCCCGCCGUGGGGUGAGUGCCGAUCCUCAGAGAUGGGCCUCGACUUUUUUCCUGUUUACAGUAUCACCGCCUGUAGGAUUGACUGUGAGACCCGCUACAUCGUGGAAAACUGCAACUGCCGCAUGGUCCACAUGCCAGGGGAUGCCCCUUUCUGUACCCCUGAGCAGCACAAGGAGUGUGCAGAGCCUGCCCUAGGUCUGCUGGCGGAAAAGGACAGCAAUUACUGUCUCUGCAGGACACCCUGCAACCUGACCCGUUACAACAAAGAGCUCUCCAUGGUGAAGAUCCCCAGCAAGACAUCAGCCAAGUACCUUGAGAAGAAAUUUAACAAAUCAGAAAAAUACAUCUCAGAGAACAUCCUUGUUCUGGAUAUAUUUUUUGAAGCUCUCAAUUACGAGACAAUUGAACAGAAGAAGGCGUAUGAAGUUGCUGCCUUACUUGGUGAUAUUGGUGGUCAGAUGGGAUUGUUCAUUGGUGCUAGUAUCCUUACAGUACUAGAGCUCUUUGAUUAUAUUUAUGAGCUGAUCAAAGAGAAGCUAUUAGACCUGCUUGGCAAAGAGGAGGACGAAGGGAGCCACGAUGAGAACGCGAGCACUUGUGACACAAUGCCAAACCACUCUGAAACCAUCAGCCACACUGUGAACGUGCCCCUGCAGACGGCCCUGGGGACCUUGGAGGAGAUUGCCUGCUGACACCCCUCGAGCCACCCAACACCCCCUCCAAACAGACCUUGAGGCCCAAGACCCAGGACAAGGAACAGAAAGCUCAGGUGGGAUGGCCCCUGACGCCAGAAGAAAGCAAGAGUCCCUAUGCACACACUGCAGACUAGCUGCCUAGACCUCGCUCUGGCCACGUCCAACACGACGCGUCCUUGGGUCCCGCCGUGCGUCACUCUUAGGAGAGAUGAGUCACACUCUGGCACUGUCCAAGAACAAACCUGCCAUCACAUCUCACUGCCAGAUGUAUAAAGCACCUGCAUGCUCAGACUUCUUACGGCGCCACCUCCACGUCUGUCUUGUACAUGACAUUCCUCCACGCGGUUUCCAGUGUCCACACUGCUGCCCGUGCGGUGGGACCAGAUUCCAGGUCCAGAGUCAUCAUGAGGCCACCCUGGAAUCUGAACUGCACAAUCAAGAGGGAACCGCGGGACUCUGCUACAUUCAAUUCUUGUGUCGUUUGUGAAGGUUCUUAACCUGCCCACAAACCCCUUUCCCCCAACCUGGCCCAUGGGGCUUCAGUGCCAAAGGUGACCCGGGCCAACCUCCCUCCCGCCCCGGCGCAGCACAGCAGCCAGCGGACAGGGGGCUCCCCUGUUCACCCAUGGUGCCCACGUCGUUCUUCUCUUCCUGUGACACAACUUGUACAGUCUGAUUCUUUUUAUUUGGGGUCGGGGGGCUUUUAUGUUUGUCUGAUGGAGAUUUGUUUUGUUUUGCUUUGUUUUAUGCUUUUUUUAAAAAUUUUAAUGUUCUGAGGUUUGGUUUGGUUUUUCCAUUUUCUUUGGCGUUUAUUUAUUCGUGCUUCAAAUCACGGUCAUAUUAAAAGCUGGUCUUGUGGAAA